AUGGGCAACUUUGGGUCCGUGUAUAAAGGAGUUCUUGAUGUUGACAAUGGAACUCGUCAGCUUGUUGCAGUCAAGGUGUUUAACAUGUUACGCCAGGGAGCCUCUAAGAGUUUCAUAGCCGAAUGUGAGACGAUGAGAAAUAUCAGACAUCGGAAUCUUGUCAAGGUUGUAACGUCUUGUUCAAGUGUGGACUUUUCUGGUAAUGAUUUCAAGGCUUUAGUUUAUGAGCUCAUGGACAAUGGGAGCUUAGAGGAGUGGUUGCAUCCAACUGCCGGAACACCCAAAAAUUUAAGUUUUCUUCAGAGGCUAGACAUUGCCAUUGAUGUUGCUUGUGCAUUGGAUUAUCUUCAUAAUCAUUGCGAGGCACCAAUUGUUCAUUGUGAUCUCAAGCCUAGCAAUGUUCUUUUGGCAAACGACUUGACUGGACUUGUUUCUGAUUUUGGACUGGCAAGAUUUCUCUCAAACCUGACCAGUAACGUUGUGGGAAGUCAAACAAGUUCCAUUGGAAUACGAGGAACGGUUGGUUAUGCUGCUCCAGAGUAUGGCAUGGGAAGCAAGAUUGCAACAUGUGGGGACAUCUACAGCUUUGGUAUUCUCUUGUUAGAGAUGUUUACAGUGAAGAGACCCACCGACCCUAUGUUUAGUGACGGCUUGAGCCUUCACAAUUUUGUCAAGAUGGAUUUGCCACAUCGAGUUGCAGAAAUUGCAGAUUCACUAUUCGACCCUAUUACUUCCAACCAAAGCAGCAUCAUGAGUGCUGAAAAAAUCCAAGUGUGUUUGAGUUCAAUAUUCAAAAUCGGAAUCUCGUGUUUUGAUGAAUCCCCGAGAGACCGAAAGGAUAUGAGUGAUGUUGCAACUGAGUUGCAAUCCAUCAGGGACCUUAUCCUUGGCCAGAAGCUUUUGUGAUGACCCCAAAUGAUAUCAAUGAUGUUGUAAUUGACAGUUGAAGUGUGUUUGAGUAAA